AUGAGCUCGGACGGACCGCGUGCUGCCUGCUGCGUGCGUCUCAUAAGUUUCCACCCACCACGUUCUCCGCCACGACUCCCCAGCUCUCAAAUUCCUCAAACCAUGGCCGCCGCGGCCUCACGGCACCUCUGCUCCGCCACGGCGCUGCUGUCCCCCUCCGCCGCCGCGGCGCCCAUCCGCCAGAGGGUCGGCUACGGCUCCUCCUCCAACCGCCGGUGGCUGUGCCGCCGGUGGGCCCACGGGCCGGAUGCCGCGUCCCGGAUCCGGCGCCUGACGACUCGCUCGAGGACAGCGAGGGUGAGCUGCGCCUAUUCCACCGGCGCUGAAGCAAUCACUGCAUGUUCCUGGAACCAAAAUGUCAUCUGCAGUGAUGUGCCUGUGCUUGUGGAGUUUUGGGCCUCAUGGUGUGGACCUUGUAAAAUGGUCCAUCGAAUUGUCGACGAGAUUGCGGCCGAAUAUGAUGGAAGAAUAAAGUGCUAUAAGCUUGACACUGAUGAUUACCCACAAACUGCAAUUUCCUACAAUAUUGAGAGGGUUCCGACUGUUUUACUAUUCAAGGAUGGAGAGAAAAUACAUAGUAUUACUGGAACUCUGCCAAAAGCCGUUUAUGUGAGGGCCAUUGAGAAUUCUUUCUUAGAACAGUGA